CUCCCUUCCACCUCUUCACCUGAGAAUUCUCGGAGUAGUUUGUUCAUGGGUCUGAAUCCCAAUCCGCACUCUCCGACAUAAGUCAUCCCUUUGCUCCGCCUCCUGCACUGCUCUCGUGCAAGAAAACAGAGACCAUCCAUAUGGAGUCGGGGACGCGUCACGAAGGGGGCCCCAACUCCAUAACCGAGCCUCUGAUCCCGCCCGUUAUUGGUCCACGCUGGCUGCGUAAUGGCACAGACGAAGAGAGGGAGAUCGAGUCUUUGGAUGAACCACAAGGCAACACCUCUUUCUUCAACGCUUGCAGCAACGGCCUCAAUGCUCUCUCAGGAGUUGGGAUAUUGUCCACCCCGUUUGCGCUCGCAUCAGGAGGAUGGCUAAGCCUACUACUCCUCUUUGCAAUCGCAAUCACCGCCUUCUACUCAGGCCUGCUCAUCCAGAGGUGCAUGGACUCAGACCCGAGCAUCAGAACGUACCCUGACAUAGGAGAACGCGCAUUUGGUAGAACAGGACGGCUCCUGAUCUCAGUUUUUAUGUAUGUUGAGCUCUUUCUAGUGGCGACAGGAUUCUUGAUCCUGGAAGGGGACAACCUUUACAAUCUACUUCCCAGUGUGGAGUUCGAGAUUGGCGGAUUCCUUAGCAGCAAACAAAGCCUUGUGGUAAUCGUCGCCCUCAUCGUGCUUCCCACAGUCUGGGUGGACAAUUUGAGCAUCCUUUCCUAUGUAUCGGCAAGUGGAGUUCUAGCUUCGGGUAUUAUUCUUCUGUCAAUUUUUUGGACCAGUGCAUUCGAUGGAGUCGGGUUCCGACAGAAGGGGAGGCUUGUGAACUGGAGUGGAAUCCCGACAGCUGUUAGCUUGUACGGUUUCUGUUACUGUGCACACCCAGUUUUUCCGACCAUUUACAAUUCCAUGAAGAAGAAACAUCAAUUUACGUCUGUCCUUGUGGUUUGCUUCAUCCUCUGCACGCUCGGUUAUGCUUCAAUGGCCGUCAUGGGGUACCUGAUGUUCGGAGAUGCUGUUGAAUCUCAGAUAACUCUCAACCUUCCAGUCGGGAAACUGAGCUCGAAGAUUGCAAUCUACACAACCCUCGUGAAUCCCAUCUGCAAGUACGCUAUAAUGGUGACCCCCAUUGUGAAUGCCGCCAAACGACGCUUCCCGUGGCCCCACAACAAGAAGCCACUUCGGAUUUUCAUUAGUACAGCAUUGGUGAUAAGCACCGUCAUCGUUGCCAUCUGUGUCCCGUUCUUUGGGUACCUUAUGUCCUUGGUUGGAGCUUUUCUCAGUGUAUCAGCGUCAAUAAUUCUCCCGUGCCUGUGUUACUUGAAGAUUUCAGGUGCGUACAGAAGUUUCGGGUUUGAAAGCGUCACGAUAGGAGCCAUCAUUCUAUUGGGAGUAUUGGUCGCAGUCUUGGGAACUUAUACGGCUCUCGAGGAGAUAGUCAUGCACUGGUAGAUUGUUCUGCCAUAUCUUGCUAUUUUUGGUGAUAGGCUCCAUCUCUAGACUUAGCAUUUGUAGAUUGUUUUGUCGAAACAGUCGUAGACUCGAUUUUAUAACCUGUAAGCUGAAUGAAAUCAUAAUUCCUAUGUCUAGAGCUUAAAGGGAAGAAAGCAGAACCUCUCAAAGAUCCAAAAGCAAGAUGCACAACAAUAAAAUUAUGGAAAUUUUGAUGGGAAA